AUGUUGGAACGAGUCCGGCUCCUAGACAUCAUCUCGUCUUGGGCAAAGGGAACUCACGUCACCUACAAAUCUAAGCUGAAGGUCAUUCAUGAUUUCGAAAAGGAGUUUGCUCUCACAGUUCUUCGCCCAUCCAAUCUCAUGGAGCCUCCAUCUGGACCAGAUAUCUCUCUGAUGUGGUGCCAAGAGUGGUACAGUCUUCGUCACUCCACAAGGAAAUACGACAAAGAUGUUCAAACACCCAUCAGUUUCAACUCUGUGCGCGCUCUGCGUUCAGCGGCAUCCCAAUGGUUUGCCCUUGAGUCGCUCAAUACGCCGCAGAACGCCUACAUGUCACAAGACAAGAAGGUUCUCUACCAAGAUUGCCGGCCGACAGACAACCUUACAUUUCAUCUCUUUGCGAAGGGAAUGGUGACACGAAUGGGCGACUACUCUCGGCCAUCAGUAGCCUUGUUGGACCGCCAUAUUCGUUACUUGAUGAACUCGUUGGAAAACCACUUUGCAGAAGCAACGACAGAGACACAAAAGCGCGACAUCUCGCUUGCCGGCCUAGCAACUCUCACUCUCUGGCUCGGGUGGCUCCGCUCUGCUGAGUGUUUUGGUAUCAAUUGGGAAGAUUGUUCCAUUCUGGAACAUGAAGACUAUGCACAAGCUGACCUCCCACGUAACUGUGGUAUGGUCACUUUCCGACUCAACCCUGUCACUAAGUCGGAGCGCACUCGAACUGCUGAUGUUAUCAUCGCAUACACUACUCGAUCAGGCUACUGUAUCGGGAAGUGGUUCCACAGAGCGCAAACGUACCGGGCCCGACGUACAGGGCCCGUUUUCUGCCAUGCCAAUGGCACAGUUUGGACCUCUCAUUUCUUCCGGACUACCUAUCUCUAUCCAAGUCUCAAAAAGCAGCGUUUGGAGGGCGACCCGCUUCUAUUGCCUUUCGAUGGAUCCAUAUCCAACACCAUUGAAAGCCGAUUCUGGUCUCUCCACACAUUCCGUCGCGGUGGCCGCAGUCACGUCUCCCGCGGCGAAUCCUACGCUGGUAAACGCCUCACGAUUGCCUCGGAAACCCAGGUCUACGAACAUGGGCGUUGGCGCUAUCGCCGAGCCAACGAAAAAGUCGGAACAAGUUACCGUGAAUGGACGCCUCGUGAACGAGUCAAGAUUACUUUGUACUGUCAUUAA